AUGAAUUAUUUAAUUAUUCCUGGAAUUGAUAAAUUUAAAACUAUUGAAAGUGAAACAAUGAAACAUAUAAAAGAAUUUACUGAAAUUACUACAGAACAUAAAAAAUAUGAUCAUAUUUUACCUUUAUCUAAUGUUAAUGAUAAUAAUCAUAAUCAUAAUCAUAACACUGAUAAUGAUAAAAGUCAAUUUGAUAUAAAUAAGUUUAUCAAUCCAAAUCAGAAUAAGAUGAAUGAUUAUUCUGUUGAUUUAUCUAUGGAGAAUAAACAAAUAGAAAAUUUAUCAUCAAAUGAAAAGUUGAAUGAACUAAAUCAUCAAAAAUAUGAUAUUUCACCUAGAAUGAAUCAGAAACAAGUAAAUAAUAGUGAUCUAUUGUUAUAUAAAUAUUCUCAUCAAGAACAAGAUAAAGUAGCUGCUAAUAACAACAACAAUCCGUAUGUGUCAAAGCAUGUUGAUAUUCAAUCAAAUGAAGAAUUUCUAUACAAUAAACAGAUAAUUAAAAGUCGUCAAUCUUCAAGUUAUAUUAUUCUUCGUCCACGGAAAAUGAAGUAG